GUCCUGCCCGCCAUGGCCUCGUUGCUGAAGGUGGAUCAGGAAGUGAAGCUCAAGGUUGAUUCUUUCAGGGAGCGGAUCACAAGUGAGGCAGAAGACUUGGUGGCAAAUUUUUUCCCAAAGAAGUUACUAGAACUUGAUAGUUUUUUGAAGGAACCAAUCCUAAAUAUCCAUGACCUAACUCAGAUCCACUCAGACAUGAAUCUCCCAGUCCCUGACCCCAUUCUCCUCACCAACAGCCACGAUGGACUGGGUGGUCCCACUUACAAGAAGCGCAGGUUGGAUGAAUGUGAAGAGGCCUUCCAAGGAACCAAGGUGUUUGUGAUGCCCAACGGGAUGUUGAAAAGCAACCAGCAGCUGGUGGACAUUAUUGAGAAAGUAAAACCUGAGAUUCGGCUGCUGAUCGAGAAAUGUAACACGGUCAAAAUGUGGGUACAGCUCUUGAUUCCCAGAAUAGGAGAUGGAAACAACUUUGGGGUGUCUAUUCAGGAGAAAGCAGUUGCAGAACUAAGAACUGUCGACAGUGAAGCUGCAUUUUAUCUGGACCAGAUUUCUAGAUACUAUAUUAUAAGAGCCAAAUUGGUUUCUAAAAUAGCUUAAUAUCCCCAUGUGGUGGACUAUCGCCACACUGCCACAGAGAUUGGUGAGAAAGAAUACAUCAGCCUCCGUCUCAUCAUUUCAGAACUAAGGAAUCAGUAUGUCACUCUACAUGACAUGAUCCUGAAGAAUAUUGAGAAAAUCAAACGGCCCCGGAGCAGCAAUGCAGAGACACUGUACUGAGGCCAGGGCCAGGGCCAGGG